GAAAAACUUUGACCGAAACAGGCUGCAUUCAGGAGGAACAAGUCAUGCAUCGAUAAAACCACAACACUACGAAUCAUCAUUGAACACAGCUUGGAAUAGCAGUCACCUCUCUAUCUGAACUUAACCAACUUUGAAAAGGCCUUCAUCAGACAGCGUCGAUCGAGAGGUCAUUUGACAACUACUUCACUACUACGGGAUGCCAUCGGCAAUUAUACAUCUCAUCCAACAGUUGUACGACAAUGCUGCAUGCCAAGUAAUCCACAACGAGAAACUCACGGAAUCCUUCAAAGUGAGGACGGGAGUGGGGCAAGGCUGUCUACUAUCGCCAAUGAUUUUCCUGAUUGCAGCAGACUGGAUAAUGCGACAAACAGCGGGCAAUGAGGAAACAGGCAUAAAAUGGACUCACACAAAAAACUUGGAGGACCUGAACUUCGCCGAUGAUGAUAUAUGUCUGAUUUCCCACAAACUGGAAGAUAUACAAGUGAAAAGCAACAAGCUGGCUAUAGAAGAAGCAUCAAAGAUAGGACUUCAAGUGAACAUAGAGAAAACAGAAGUGAUGAAGAUUCCUGGGCAACACCGACAGCAACAACAACAACAAUCAACCGGUGUAAAUGGGAGAAAUCGGAAAGAAAGAACCUCCUUUACCUACCUACCUGCUUACCUGGAAAGCAUCCUUUCAACUACAGGCGGACGGAACUGAUGAGGAUAUCAAGGCGAGGAUCGGGAAAGCAAAGCAAGCUUUCAUCACUCUUAAGUCUGUGUGGAGAUCAACAGCACUCAGCAUGAAAAAUAAGAUCCGGAUUUUCAGCUUCAAUGUGAAAUCAGUGCGGCUUUAUGGAUCAGAGACUUGGUGAGUCAUGAAGAGUAUUUCGAAUAAACUACAAACCUUCAUCAACA